AUGUUCGGUUGGACAUUCCAAGCACUCACAUUUUUCAUUGAUUUCUCACCCCCUCCCUCUGCUUCCUUUUCCCUCCUUCACGGGUUCUUGCCUUCCCAUUUCUCCAUUGCUGGUCACAGAUCAAACCCAUUUGUUUUCUCGAUUACCCAUCUGCAAUCUGCGCCUCAAGUUUUCAUCUUUCCUUCUGAUUUCUGGAUUUUGGCAUUGAUUAGCUUCUGGGUUCCUGUGUUUUCCCAAAUGCCCAUCUGAUUUGGAGGGGUUUUUGGUUGUUAACUUUUAUGACUUCAUGCUCAUGGAAAAUGAAGUGGGAAAGCUAGUACGAAAAAGUAAAGAAGGGAAAUAAGAAUUACCAAUCUACCAUAUUGCAAUGGAAAUGUCUACAAAGACAGUUAUGACGAUCAAAUCUUACCAAAAUCAGGCCGGAGUUCUUGUUAAAAAUUACUUACUAGCGGAUCCCUUCAUACCAUAUACUUCUGUUAUUGGAGGCAUAAUUUUGUGCAAAAUGGUAUAUGAUCUUACCCAUUUAAUUAGUACCUUUUACAUUAAGGCUUAUGGCAGUCUUACAAAAAUCCAACGAAUUGAGUGGAACAGUCGUGGUAUCUCCAGUAUUCAUGCCAUUUUUAUAACGGCUCUGUCCUUGUACUUUGUGUUCUGGUCCGAUCUCUUUUCUGAUCAACAGCACCUUGGCCUUAUUACAUUUCGAAGCUCACCGUUGUCUGUUUUUGGAUUAGGGGUCUCUGUUGGGUACUUCUGUUCGGAUCUGGGAAUGCUAUUAUGGCUAUAUCCCUGUUUAGGGGGAAUGGAGUAUGUUUUCCAUCACUCACUUGCUGGAAUUGCAGUAGCAUACUCCAUGUUUUCUGGGGAAGGGCAACUUUAUACAUACAUGAUCCUCAUCUCUGAGAUCACUACUCCAGAGAUCAAUAUGAGAUGGUAUCUUGAUACAGCUGGUCUUAAGAGGUCCAGCGCAUAUCUCCUAAACGGCAUUGUGAUAUUUUUAUCAUGGCUGGCGGCAAGAAUUCUGCUGUUUGGCUACAUGUUUUACCAUGUUUACUUGCACUAUGAUAUGAUCAUCCAGAUGCACACCUACGGAUAUCUGUUGGUGUUUGUUGUGCCAUCCGUUCUAGCUGUUAUGAACUUGAUGUGGUUUGGAAAGAUUAUCAAGGGAUUGAUGAAGCAAUUGGCCAAGAUGCAAUGAUGGAUAUACAUUGUGUGUGGAAAUGAGUCGAAAGGCUUCCGCUUUAAGAUGGAUCUGAUCUUGUGCAUUCGUCUAUUUUGUUCACUGUAUAAAUGAUAGAGGCCCAGAUGAGGGUUACAAGGCAGUCAAAACUGGAGGCAUUUUGGUGGCCAAAAUUGUUGUAAAUGAUUCCAAGUUUAUUGUUAAAUUACGAGGGGAGUUGAAUCUAAGAUCUCUACAUUUUCUUGACUCAAGUCUCCACUGUAUGUCACUAGAGUUAAAUGAUUCAAAGUUGCAUGCGUUGUUUCAGCAACCUCUUUAAUGUUGUUAA